UUCCUUUUUUAUUCUCUCUCUCUUAAGCAGAACUAAAAGAAGAAAGACGAGCAAAACCAUGAAGACGACAUUUCUGAGUGCAGCAGCACUCGUACUCUCCACCACAACCGCAGAUGUAGCCCCAGCCUUUCCUCUCCCCGGCGGUCCAACCAACCUCACCAUAACCUACAACGGCAACGACACCGUUUCUCCCCAAGGCGAACUCCUCCCUCGUCCCGGUACAUCCAUGUCCCCUUUCUCCAAGAAAAAAAAUUAAAAUAAAAUAAACGCCCUCCUUCCCAAAAAAAAACUAACGUCAAAAAGUAACCGCAAAA